AUGUCGAAAGCAUGCUGCAUUCAUAUAGAUGACUUUCAAACAAAUAAAGCAAAACGAAACCGCAGAAAUAAAGAAAAAUUUCGCUUUUAUAGUAAAGUACGCACAGUAUUUAAUAUCCCAACAGGAGUGGUUUAUGAUGAACUAUAUUCUGUCUGUGGUGAUCAAGCUUCUUAUUAUACAACAGCCAAAAGAUGGGCUAAAUGGUUUUGUGCAGACCAGGAAGAAAUUGAAAAUGAAGCACGGCCUGGCAGAUCUGUUACCGAAACAACAUUUGAAAAUAUUGUACGGGUUCGCCUUCUUAUCGAUGAUGAUCCUCACAUUACAAUAGAAGAAAUAUAA